CCCCCGCCCUCCGGCGCCCGGGCCAUGGCCGGAGAUGCCCGGUGAGGACCGGGGCGCCGAAGGCUGGGCUCCCCGGCGCGGUGCGGAGCGAGGCAGCGGCCUGGAUGUGUGAAGCGUCCCCAUGGCUCGGCAGGAGGCGAAGCCCCAGGGCCCGAGGGAAGCUGGGCCGGCGGCACGGGGGCGCAGGGGCCGGGCCGGCGGGGGACCAGCCCGCCGCCCGGGCGUGAGGGGCUCGGGGCCGGCGCCGGUUGCCCGGGCCGCCGCGUCCCAGGAUGCGCCGCCGCCGCCGCUGCCUCCGCUGCUGCUGGGACUCGUGCUGCUGGCGGCCCUCUCCGAGCACUGCCUGGCCGACACGGGAGUAGACAAUCUACAGAUAACAGUCAGCCCGACCCCAGAGUCAUUUCCUCACGGGAAAGUGUUACCGAUUUCACCAACAUGGCCUUUCUCAGAAGUCCAGUCUUCCUUGGCAGCGGCCAGAAUCCAGAAUGUGCUGGGACCGUCCCCUGACAACACGAGCGUGCUGCAGCUCCCCCGAACACCUCCGCCGAAGACACACCGCAGAGCUAGGGCUCACGGGGACUUCUCUUCCUCCCCUUACCAAGGAAGUGGCCAUAGCGCCUUCCUCGAGCCUUCCAAGGAUUCCACGGAGUCUGUGGUCCAGCCGAGACCUCAAGGGGGAAAAGACGCAGCCUCCAUGUCAGGACAGCGGCCCGAGCUACCCCCCACAGCAGGUCCUCACUCCGCAGGCUCCCCCACACCUGCGUUUUUGAGCUCCGUGGCAGAACUGGCCCACCUGCCUCCCGUUCCCCUAGUACCUGGAAGUCUUCCUCGGCGUCCAGAUGGACCGCCUUCACAGGCAGUGGCGGAAGGGGCUUCAAGUCCUACAUCCACCCACUCUGUGGAAGCUGGGGUGGCCAAGGGCGUGCACAGUGAGGUGUCUUUGCCGACUUCGAAGAGUGCAGCAGCCGCUGCUGUGACUGAGGAGGCUGUGUCUUUGCUUUCCCGGACUGCAAGAUCUGGGGCAGUGGAAACGACCUCCAGAAAGCUAGCCCCUGCUACUGCAAAUGACUCCACUCACCCACUGCAUUUGCCAGCCGCUCCAGAGAAUUCCAAAGGGCCCAAUUUUUCGGCAGAACACACGGCUUCCUCAUUGGUGCCUUCUCCUCUGCCUCUCCCCACGGCCAGCCGAGGGCAAGCCAUCCUUUCUGGGGCAUGGAACAUCACAGCCGCCGACUCUCCCUCCCCACCCACUUUCACCCAGCUGGCGCAGAAUCAGGCUUCCCCAUCCACCGCGCCCCUAAAGCCAGCUCCUCAAGAAGAGGGCACCAGCGGGUCCCCUCCGACCGCAGCUCCAGACUUCCCCCAGUCUAGCAAAUCUCCCCAUCUCCUUUCUGCAACUUGGGCCUCUCUCCUGCGGGAGGAAGAGAGCAUGACAGCUGUUUUAAAGAAAAACGAAAAGGCAAACUUGACAGUUGCUCUCCAGACCCUUCCAAGAAAAGACAUUCUGAGUCUUCACACUGUAAAUGGGUUCCCCUCUGAUUCCAGCACGGAUCGUAUUUCAUCUUUUCUCCUUACAACACUGAGAACAAAACUCCCUUCAGAAUCAGCGCUCCCUUCCGUGCUGUCCGUACGAGGCCCCCAGACUAUUCUCCCAACCCCCCGCUCAUCCAGCGCCAACCCAGAGGCUCCUGCAGCUGCAGAAGGCCGCUCUGAGUCACCAGUCCCAACGUCCCAACAGGUGACAGCAUUUCCCUCCUCCGCUGAGGUCUAUGAUUUCUCAACAAUGAGACGUGUUUUAAAGCCAGCGACCACAGAUGUUUUCGGGAGUUCUCUUCCCACAGAAACUGGAUCCCUCUCCAUACAGCCCAUGAGAUCUGGCUUGCAGCAGCAGACAAAUUAUGAUUUAAAUGGGCACACAGUUCACUCCACCCGUUGGGAAAGUCGUUCAGCUUCAACUCCUCCUCCCAGUGGUUCGACUUCAGCGGCCAGAACAAUAAAAUCUUCAGAUCGCAGAGCUACUGCUGGGCCAUUAGUGACUGCAGAAGGCUUCACCAUCCAGCAUCCUGCCCUUCCUACCAGCGCCAACCAGCCUGUCCCACAGUCAGAAGUUAGCAUGGUUGGAAACCAUACGGACGUGGUGUCCUUAACCGGUGCCUAUUCCAGAGACUUCCAAACAGCUGAGGUUGAAAAGGACCCACCCGCAGGCCAACACACUGCGUCUCAUCCCCGUCUCCAGCUGCCUGGGCAUGCAACACCUGCUCUUUUGCCAGCCUCUCCAAGGCUGACUUACGCGGCCCGCGUCCACAAAGUGCUUUCAGACGGAAUGGAUAGGAGUCUCUCUAUUUCCAGUGAUGUCUAUCCAUCUCCUGAGAUAAGUGCUUCUCCACCAUUCCAGAGUCCCUUGAGAGAUCACACGACGGCUGAGUCUCCUCUACCAAGCAGGGCCGGACUCAGGACCCCGUCCAAAGUACUGCUGGCUUCUUGGGGCCCCGACAAACGGACAGGUGCAGCUACGCGUGCAGUGGACCCCUCCGUGUCGUCCAGGGCGGAACCAACAGCAGCAGCCACCCCUGCAGCUACGUCGUUCCUGGGGAAAUCAAGUCCACGGGCGCUGUCUGCAGCCCUGAUCGCCAAGGGCCCUGGCAGUAACCCUUCGGCCAUGGCCUCAGGAUUAGUUAAGAGCAGCUGGACCGCUGCUCUAGCUACAAAUGCCACAAACAAUACAGCACCUGGCCCAAAGGCGACAGUGGGGGCGGUGCAUCCGACCUUCUCCUUCACGCCAACCUACAUGUUUUCCAGAACAGCACACACCGUGAGUGCUCACACAGCCAUGCAAGGGAACGCAGGCACCGCCUCUGGCCUGCUGUCCACGACACACCUCCCCAGGAAACCACAAGCCAUGCACACGGGCCUUCCCAACCCCACCAACCCAGACAUGCCCCGGGCAGCCACCGCCCGCCCGCUGACCAUCACAGCAGCCUUGACGUCCAUCACCGCACCAAUGAGAGCCACCCGCUUGCCACCCGCACUGAUGGGAAAUACAGAUACUGCUCUUCCCGCUGCGUCAGCUUCCGUGGUCACCACCGGCAAAAUGGCGUCCAACCUGGAGUGUCAGAUGUCCAGUAAGCUCCUGGUAAAGACAGUUCUCCUUCUGACCCAGAGGAGAGUGCAAAUCAGUGAAACCUUGAAGUUCAGUAUAGCCAAAGGGCUCACGCAGGCAUUACGGAAGGCUUUCCACCAGAAUGACGUCUCGGCUCACGUGGACAUUCUGGAACAUUCUCAUAACAUCACUGUGGGUUAUUAUGCUACCAAAGGGAGGCUGGUGUACUUGCCUGCUGUGGUGAUCGAAAUGCUGGGUGUUUACGGGGUCAGCAACGUCACCGCAGAUCUGAAGCAGCAUACCCCAAACUUGCAGUCGGUGGCAGUCCUUGCUUCCUCAUGGAAUCCCCAGCCUGCAGGCUACUUCCAGCUGAGAACAGUGUUGCAAUUCGUGAGCCAGUCCGACAACAUCCAGUCCUGCAAGUUUGCUCAGACGAUGGAGCAGCGGCUGCAGAAGGCCUUCCAGGAUGCUGAGAGGAAAGUCCUGAAUACCAAAAGCAACUUGACCAUUCAGAUGGUGAGCACAUCCAACGCCUCCCAGACAGUCACUUUGGUGUAUGUGGUCGGCAAUCGGAGCUCCUUCCUCAACGGCACGGUCGCCAGCAGCCUCCUCCGCCAGCUCUCGGCUGAGCUGGUUGGGUUCUACCUCACCUACCCGCCGCUCACCAUUGCCGAACCGCUGGAAUAUCCUAACCUUGAUAUAUCAGAAACAACCAGAGACUAUUGGGUAAUUACAGUGCUCCAGGGCGUGGACAAUUCGCUGGUGGGCCUGCACAACCAGAGCUUUGCCCGGGUCAUGGAGCAGCGCCUGGCCCAGCUCUUCAUGAUGUCCCAGCAACAAGGCCGGCGGUUCAAACGGGCCACCACCCUGGGAAGCUACACCGUACAGAUGGUAAAGAUGCAGCGGGUGCCAGGACCCAAGGACCCAGCGGAGCUGACUUACUACACCCUGUACAACGGGAAGCCUUUGCUGGGGACUGCAGCUGCCAAGAUCCUGAGCACCAUUGACUCCCAAAGGAUGGCCUUGACCCUGCAUCAUGUUGUCCUUCUGCAAGCUGAUCCCGUAGUGAAGAAUCCACCCAACAACCUGUGGAUCAUCGCUGCGGUGCUGGCACCCAUUGCCGUGGUCACGGUCAUCAUCAUCAUCAUCACCGCCGUGCUCUGCCGGAAGAACAAGAACGACUUCAAGCCAGACACCAUGAUGAACCUGCCUCAGAGAGCAAAGCCUUUGCCCAGUGGUUCCCUUCAUGUAAUUGAUGAGAACAUGGCUCCCUGGAACAGGCAGCCUUACGGGAAAGUAGUUAGGGCCACAUCCAGAUGCAGGAUGGAGCUUGGAGGGCCCGCAAUGGUUGGCAUGACCAUCUGCUCGGGACAGCCUGUGCAAGGCUUUGAUUAUGCCAAGCAGCACCUGGGCCAGCAAGGGGCAGAUGAGGAGGUCGUCCCUGUGACUCAGGAAACGGUGGUCCUCCCACUCCCUGUUAGAGAUCCUCCUGCCUCUCAGGAAAGAGACAUCGUCCAGGACGGAAGCACCAUCAAGACGGCCAAGUCCACCGAAACCAGAAAGAGCAGGUCGCCCAGUGAGAAUGGCUCUGUCAUCAGCAACGAAUCAGGGAAGCCCAGCUCAGGGAGGCGCUCGCCCCAGAAUGUCAUGGCACAGCAGAAAGUGACAAAGGAGGAGGCACGGAAGAGAAAUGUGCCGGCAAGUGAUGAAGAGGAUGGAGCCGUGCUUUUUGACAACACUGGCAAGGCGGCUGCCGAUCCCUUUGACACAUCUUCCGGAUCCGUGCAGCUCAUUGCCAUAAAACCCACAGCCCUCCCCGUGGUGCAUCCCACAUCAGACAGGAGCCAGGAGUCGGCGGCCCUUAACGGCGAGGUAAACAAAGCCCUGAAGCAGAAGUCAGACAUCGAGCACUAUCGGAACAAGCUGCGCCUCAAAGCCAAGAGGAAGGGUUAUUAUGACUUCCCCCCAGUGGAGACGAGCAAGGCUCAGACAGAAAGGAAAAAGAUGUACGAGAAAACUCAAAAGGAAAUUGAGCAUGUUUUGGAUCCAGACCCAGAACUCUGUGCCCCAUUUGCUGAGUCUAAGAACAGGCAACCGAUGAAGAACUCUGUCUACCGAAGCCGGCAGUCUCUGAACAGCCCGAGUCCGGGGGAGACAGAGAUGGACCUUCUGGUGACUCGGGAGCGACCCCGGCGCGGGAUCCGUAACAGCGGAUACGAUACGGAGCCUGAGAUCAUCGAGGAAACCAACAUUGACAGGGUAAAUGAGCCCCGCGGCUACGGCAGGUCAAGGCAGAUGAAGGGCCACUCAGAGACGUCCACGCUCAGCUCCCAGCCCUCCAUCGACGAGGUCCGGCAGCAGAUGCACAUGCUGCUGGAAGAGGCCUUCAGCCUGGCAUCCGCAGGCCACGCAGGCCAGAGCCGGCACCAGGAAGCCUACGGCUCAGCACAGCAUCUGCCCUACUCGGAGGUGGUGACCAGCGCUCCGGGGACCAUGACGCGGCCCAGGGCAGGGGUGCAGUGGGUGCCCACCUAUCGCCCAGAAAUGUACCAGUACAGUCUGCCUCGGCCGGCAUACAGGUUUUCCCAGCUUCCUGAAAUGGUCAUGGGCUCUCCCCCUCCACCUGUACCUCCCCGGACUGGCCCUGUGGCUGUUGCUUCUCUCAGGCGGUCCACCUCGGACGUGGGCAGCAAGACCAGGAUGGCUGAGUCCACGGGGCCUGAGCCCGCCCAGCUGCACGACAGCGCCUCCUUCGCGCAGGUGUCCAGAGGCCCCGUGUCCGUGGCGCAGUUGGAUCAGUCGGCUUUAAAUUACUCAGGUAAUACGGUGCCGGCAGUGUUCGCCAUCCCAGCUGCCAACAGACCCGGCUUUACCGGCUACUUCAUCCCGACGCCUCCCUCAUCCUACAGGAACCAGGCCUGGAUGUCCUAUGCAGGAGAAAAUGAGCUCCCCAGCCAGUGGGCCGAUUCGGUUCCCCUCCCAGGGUACAUCGAGGCUUACCCCCGAUCACGAUAUCAGCAGAAUUCUCCGUCCAGACUCCCUCGCCAGUACAGCCAGCCCGCAGGCACGCACCCCAGCCUGGAGCAGGCGCCGGGGCCGUCCACGGCGGCCUCGCAGCAGAGCCUGGCCGAGAACGACCCGUCGGACGCGCCCUUGACCAACAUCUCCACUGCAGCCCUCGUGAAGGCCAUCCGGGAGGAGGUGGCCAAGCUGGCCAAGAAACAGACAGACAUGUUUGAGUUCCAGGUCUAAUACCUCCGCCCCGUGGGACUUCCAGACUCCAAGGAAAUAGUCUUCCGGUGCCUCGGCCUAACCUGCUGGGACUUGAGGCGCAGACACUGUGGGAGUCAUUCUCACCCUCUGAAAAGGUGAACACUGGGGCUUCUGGGCCACCGAGGACACUCUUGGCCAACUGGAUUCUUGGCUUCUUCUGCUGAUUGUACAUCAAGAAGUCCCCGCGUGGGACCCCAUGUUUGAUAGUCUGUAAAGUUAAAUGUUUCAACUGUGGGUGUAUUUCCCUACGGAGCCUUAGUCACAAGAGACACUAACUGAUCUGCAGAUCCCUGUCCAAGGCCACAUUUUAAUAAGUCACCGGAAGGGGGAGAACAUUGCUCUGUCUUCGGUGAGUUCUGCAUGUUAACCCUGUUUCUGUGUUAAAGGCGAUGUAGGCAUUUGAUUAAGCGCCAGACCGCACACUCUCUCUCAUUCAGCCGUGACUGUAAUCAUUAGUCACCUCCAGUCCGUCAAGGAGGCGUUGACUCCAGCCAAGAAACUCGAGCCUUUUCUUUUAAAGGUUCAGAUUCAAAGUCAGAUGAAUUGGAUGAAAAUCCGGUACUGUCUAUGGCUCUACCUAUAAAUAGUCCUGACCCUUUUUUCCUCCCGUUCAUUAAACAAAGGCCGAGGAAGAGAGAAGAUUGAGGGGGAAUGGUGGGUUUGGGUUGACAGAUUUUUGGAAAGGUGUUACCGUUUGGGAACUUAAGUGCCCUGCAAGGUCAUAUCUAACUGAAAGAGGAUGCUAAGAGCUUUGAGGAUUAUACAAAAAAAUCAGUCAUCCAUCUGAGGUCUUUCUUUGCCCGGCAAUGAAGGUGGUCUGAGAACAAAGCUUCUCUCUCCUUUGAGAUAAGAGAAAUAUCAACGUUUACAGGAAAACCUCUGUCUCUUCAACAGCGACGUCCAGCGUGUGCUGCCGAGGGACAGAGAAGGACAGAGUAACUGAUGCCUGUUCCGAAGCAGAAACAGUGACUCCCCGGUCUCCCCCUCCCCUGGCUGCAGCCUCUGUUUAUAGAAGCUUCUGAAUGUAGAAAAUCUGUUGAUUUACGUUUAGAUGUAAAUACCAUUUUUAAAAAGUGUAUGGAGUUUGCCAGUUCCCUCCGUCCCCGCCCCCACAGUCAACAGAUGCAGGAGGACGUUGGCUUACUUUAGGACCGCCACGUGGUAAAUGGCACUCCCUGGCAUGGUGAGGCGGUCUCCAGAGCUCUGGGUGGACACUGCCUCACAGCCCCGAGGCACCAGCUGCUGACCGUCAAUGCCUAAGCAAACCAGCCACCGACUUCAGGUGGCCCCAAGGAGGGAACCUUCUGGCUCCCUCACCAGCUCUGGUGGGGGCCUCCUUGGUGUCUUGUUGGAGAAUGAGGUCCUGUCCUGCAUUCACCCAUAACCCAUCUAGCUUCAGCUGUGUCCAUGCCUUCUGAGCCCAUCUUGCCAUUUUUUCCUCAUGAGUUUCUUUGGUCUUUACUGAGAGAAGGUGGAAAUUUAAAAGUUGAGAGACGAGUAGGAGUGGAACUGAUUAGAAUGGAGAUUCAAACUGUCAAAGCACAGACUUUUCAAAGAAGCUGUUUUUAUUUCCCAAUGGCAAAUUGCCCUUUCUGGAAAGUUCCAGAGAUGAUAUGUCAUGGAAUCCCCCCAAACAAGUCUCUUGUUCGGAUGAUAUUAGGUAGUGUCCUUUUGGUAUGCUGGUCGAUCUUUCAUAGUGUUAGUUUUUUGUUACUUAAAAAAAAAAAAAAUCAGCUAUAAAUAAAAUGUAUUUUUGUAAUUUCCAUGUGUAUAUAUGGUAUAUUUCUACCAAUGGCCAGUUGUUGUAGUCCAAAACCUAAAUCAGCUUGCAAAACACUGUGGAUGGUACAAGAUUUUAUUGACAGAUUAACACAAUGCCUAAGUCUAUCCAAAUAGGUAUUCAAUGCACUUGAAUGAACAAAGAGCCAAAGAAACUCAGCCUUUUCAUGCAAAUGGUAUGAGUCUGAUAAAGUCAGCCACAUUGUCCCGCCUUAUCAAUAAUAUUAAUAUUUCAUCAGUGCAAUGAUAUCAACCCAGUACUUUGUCUACUUGGUAAAUGCCUGGAUAUCCUGUAUGUGAAAAUGAAGUUUCAAGACCUUAGUGUGAUGAAACUAGACACUUCAAAGCCGGUGUCCUAGCUUUGGAUGUUCCAGUGACUUACGGAGAAUGAGCCUACAGCUAGUAGUGGUGCGGCUCCAGCUUGCUCAGAGGAUGGAGAAACAAAUCAUUGCAGUCUUUGCAGAACCCCAGGAAGUACUGAGUUAGUCAACUGAGAUGACUAAAAAUAUAGCGUGCUAAAUCAGACACACUCGUAAACUAGACACCACAGGUUUAAGAAAAGUAUAUGGGAGGAAAACCUUAAACUGAAAAGAAAUCAAUCUGUUCAUGAUUUUUCCAGCACCAGGGAAACAGCUGCCAUUUUUAGAUUUUCUGUGACUGGUAAAUUAUGUGGUCCCUUCUCUGAAGAGACUCCUGACCUCGUGGAGGGGACAGAUGCCUGGACAGCUGAUUGUGAGCAAAGACAGAUGGGCAGAAGUGCCUCAUGGAAGUGAAAAUAGAGUUCUGUGAGAGCCCAGAGGCUCUACGUUCCUCCUGACCUUCCAGACGGUUAAAGAAGCCACGAAGGACCUUGGCAGUCUCGGAGAAGACUUUCUGGAAAAGCGAAGCGACCUGCUUGAGGAUUCCAGCCCAAGCCUGCUGAUUCAUGAUUCAACUUGCUUUCCAUUUCACCACGCUGCCUGCACGCUUGUCUGUGACGCGUUUCUUGAACUGUGCUAGGAAGUUUAAACAGUAGACCAGGGUCAGAUGAGGGACGCCCUACAUUCUCGUGAAGAGAAAAGAUGAUUGGAUAUGUAGAGGACUUCAGAUAAAGUGUAUAGAGGACGAUGCGUUUGUGGCAUAAUAAACAUUUUUCAGAACUUGUUUUGAUGUGAGUUUUCUGCAUUCCUGAAAAGAAAUGCAUUUUGGCUUUUUCCAGAGAGUCAAGGAAAUGGUGCUCUCCUCAGCUGCUGAUGUUCAGGACUACAGGGGUGCAUUCCUCUCUCAGUGCCAUGGAUCCAAAGGAGCAGGGAGGGAGGCCAUGUGUCAUGUUGGGGCCACAGAUUCUAUGCUCUGCCUUAGGGAAGGCUGCCCCAUGUGCAGAAGCCUGACAGUCUGUCGUGUGCCCAGGUACCUAGGAUCUGAGAUGGCAGUGAUUACCUACUGAGCCAGAAGUGCUCUCUUUCAGGGUGUGCCGUGGGCUUACUGUUGUGUCCCACCCCCAUUCAUACCUUGAAAUCCUAACCCUGUUGAAAUCCUAGCCCCAACGUGAUGGUAUUAGGAGGUGGGGCCUUGGGGGGGGGGGAAUAGUUCAGUUAUGAGGGUGGAGUCCUCGUGAAUGGGAUUAGUGCCCUCAUAAAAGGGAUCCCAGAGAGCCUACUGCCUUCUUUUUUUUGCCACCUGAGGCUACAGUAGGAUGUCAACAGUUGCAGCUCUGAAAAGGGUUCUCACCAGACCCCAAUCCCACUGAUCUUGUAGGUCUGGGCUCCAAAGGUAUGAGAAAUAAACUUCUGUUGUUUAAAGGUCACCCAGUCUGUGGUACUUCGUGAUGGCAGCCUGGACCAACUGAGACCGGGUGGAUUAUGUUAAGAAUCAAUUCUCUGGUCCCGGAGGUUAUAUUGUUUAUUUGCUAAUUUAAAAAUUCAGCCAAAAGGCGUGUCUUUUCUUAGUAGUCUUAAUGGAAGAAUGGAUAGGAAAUUGUUAGAUUUGUAACUUAAAAAAAAAAAAAAUCAGAGUACAGAUGGAGGAAGAUAGGAAUUUAAAUAUCUAACUAAAAAGAAAUGUUUCUCUAACUGGCAGAAAUUAGAGAAACGGAUCAAAAAGUUAAACACUGAUUGUAGAAAAACAAGCUUUUUUCUACAUGAGGCACCUUUUUUCUACUCAGGAACUCAAUGUUUAAUGAAUACAGUAACAGAUUCUAUUUCUAGGUCUGAAAACAUAAUUUCAACUUAAUCUCUUCCUUCUACCACACCCCAGAAAAUAGUUUGGACCUUGCUUACAAAAUACAGCCAAACACUUUUAGGGAAAUAGAGUAAUUUAACUUGGAGUAGUAAUUGACUUGGGUCCAGGGGGUAGAAAUUAAAUUCUUCUCUGCAGUCCAGCCUUAAAGGUAUUCUAGUCAAAGGCCUUUGCAAGGACUAGAAACCUAUUCAGACUUGCUCAAAAGUGUCGGGGGUGUUGGAGAGAAUACAGGGCCAUUUCACAGAUACUAACCACAGCAGCCAUCCGGGAAAGGGCUGGAGACAGCCAGCUCACUCGUUCUCUCUCGCAUCCUCUCUCCAUAUGGACUUUCCUGUUUCUCUCUGCACGUCAGCUCAGUUCUCUUGCUCACCUUGGCCUCCUAGCGUUGUGUUUUCUCAUUAUUGUAUAUGUAGCUGAAAAUCCAUCCCAGGACCCACUCCACACCACUUUGUCUUUCCUGUACCCAUCCCUCUCUGACUACCGUCUCUGUGCCCAAAUCUUGAGAGUCUGGAUGGUCUAGCUCAUCCACCUUACAGAUAAGCCAGCCACCCUUGGGGUCACGUGCCUCUCCGAUCAGCCGUCACCAAGGAGGCAGAGUCAUGUAAGACCAGCACAGCCCCCUGGACUGACCCAUUCGGUAAGAGCUUUUAUUGGGGGCUGGAACACAGAGGAGGAGCAUAAGUGGACAGAACCUUCAGAAGGAAAGAAGCUCCUCAGGACUCGAAUUGACAGGCACUCUUAGAAUACCACGCAGUUGGUGGGCAGCCCCCGUGGACACUGCCACAGAGCAGAGAGGUCAUCCUUGACCUUUCCAUCAUAUGGGAAUGCACCCAUUUGAAACCCUGGGGGACAGGCCAGCGCUGUCCCCAACCACGGGUCAUCCCAGUACUACUGAUCUGAUCCCGGGUCUGAGAGCAAUUUCUGGUCAAGGUCCAGGAAGCCCCACACCUUGCUCAGCAGACAGUAAAUACUUGUAAGUUGAAUUGCAUGAUCUUAGCUCAGGUGCUGUGAAUGUAGCUCACGGCCACCCACUUGCGUGGAUGAGGAAGCCUUUUGAAAGGCUCUGUAGAGCCUUUUGAAACAAAAUUAGUUUUGAAUGGAUAUUAUUGUGGCUCUGCCCUUCCGAAUAUAAUAAGUUAGUGUCCUGAGAAUUGGAAGAUCUCUUGAUUUCUUAAGGUGAAUGAUUACAGAAUAGAAUCCUAUCUUAUGGUAAGUGCUAAAAGGGAGGGGGCUUCUGGGAAGGAAUAUUCAGGAAAUAGAAUGAAUAGUGCCAGAAACAAAUUCUUUUAGACAAUGUUAAGUUGCUUGAUUAUGCACGUUUCACAGACAGGGGAAUUGGUGAUGUGGUAGAAUUUGUCUCCGGAGGUCAAACCCAUAUUUCAGUGAAAACCAUUAUAUAAUGAAUUCUAGAAAUUGAUUAUUUUCAUUCUCUGACCUUGGCCAGACUUUUAUAAAUUACAGAAGGAGGCUGUCAGUGUAUUUUACAUAAAUUAACUGUGACCUUCCCUGAUUUCCCCCAUCUCUUCUCUAUGUCUAACUUCACCCCCGCCUACAAACAAACUGAGAGAAAGUUUGUACCAAACAGAAUCAGAGUAUCAUUCUCUGGUCUGGAAAUUUUGAAAAAGGCAUAAAGAGUCAAGGCUUUAGGCAACUCCCUUUAAACCAUUCUCCGGCUCCUCAUCUGUGAAACGUGUACAACGGCAUCUGCACUUUUGCCCACCCACGGUGGGCGUGAGGAGCCCGGGGCAGAUUGUAUGCGAAAGGCUUUGAAAAGUAUGUUUGAAGGUAUCCUUACUGUAGCGCUAGCUUCAGUCUUUUCUAAUGAAAUAUUUUAGCUCUUUCCAUCCACUAAAAAUAAUUUGUCACAUAUUCUGCAAAAUUUUUUAAAAACCUCCAUAAAGUAAAAAAAAUGAAGAUGUUCUUAAGUUUGGAACUGCCCCCAAAGCCAGCCUCAUCCUUGCUGUAUUGUGUUGAUGCUGUUGUUGAACAAUUUGGGGGCCACGCGAGCAUGUGUACGUGCGUUGUCACUCUGAGUGGAAAACCCAGACUCACACUCCCCCUCCACCCCCACCAACCACAUCACACACGCGUUAGGCGUUAGGCAAAGACAAGUUCUGAACGGCAGCUCAGUUGUUGCUGUCGACACUUAAUGCUUGGCUUUCUAAUUAGCUUCCUACAUCCAUGGCCUCUGCCGGGAACAGAGCGUUCAUAUGCUAUUACAAUUUUUUAUUAUAAAAUAAAAAGCAAAGGUUUUCAUACCCCAAAACCUGCCUGCUUCUCAUUCUGCCUCCCUCAUAUGGUGAGAUGGAGUCCCCUUCACAGCCCAAACACACAGCAGUACCUGCUAUGAGCUAUCAAAGCUCCGUGGGACCCCUUGUGGCGUCAGAAGCCAUCCCAGCCUGAGGCACGAGCUCAUGAGCCAAGAAGAACUUCUCCCUGGCCAUCCACAGGCCCCAAGGGAGCAGUUCCAGCCUACUCGUGAUUGUGUCCUUGGAGCAGAUGGUGUCCUAGGGCAGAAUAAGCCACUAUCUGGUCAUAGGCCCUUGUUGGGUCACAAUGAAGUCCCAUCCAGGUCAGUGGCUCCCAAAGGGUCCAGGAUGACAUGGGUCAUGGACAUAAACUUCCAAGGCCACCUACUUUCCCUGCCUUUGCUAGUCCCAGUGAUCAUGUCUGCCUUAUGUUCAGCCCUAUUGGUGUGUUAUAUCCACGCUCUGCCCUCUGACGUAAGCCAAGUGGACAGGAGACACAUCUGACCCAGGAACCAAGAUUCAUUGGCUGACCAGCUACGAAAAAAUGUAACUCAGCCCAUGGGGCUAAGCCAACUGCAUUCUUUUUGUAAGAAACACCAAGACACAGAAUCUAUUGGCAAGAGAUGUUGAAACUGACCGGUCAAGACUCAAAGGCCAUGAUGGGCUGUAGGCAAAGCAAAGGUCUAGAGAACAGAAUACUGAGUAAAAAGUAGCCUGGAGGCCAAGAAGACUUAGAGUAUAGGUAAAAAAGUUUAUCUUCUAUAAUGAAAAUAGACAAAUAAAAACCAACUCUGAAUGUUUCAGGGGAGUCCACGUGUCCUAGUGAAGAGCCACAACCCUGAGCUUUUGGGCUCCACUGAGAUUUGGGCAGCUUGGACUGUAAGCAUGUUGUUUCUCACAGGAGCCCCAUCUGCUGAAGCUCUCCACCAGUAUUCAUUCAGAUGUACUCAGAUGCUGAAGGAGCAACUUUUACUCCCCUCUCUGCCUCUCUGUCAAGAGGGCUCAGAGAUGCACAAAAAGUACUCCCCAGAGCCACCGUCCUGCUGCAGCAAUGAGGAAUAGACUUGGAGCUUCCACAAGAUUCUGGCACGCUCUCCAAGGUGGAGAGUAGGACCGGGGUGCCCCUUUGCUUUUUCUUUCCUCCUGGAUCCUGGCUGCUCUUAACCUUCAGGGCAAAUGAAAUGAUCAAGCAAAGGGAAGUAAUGGUGCCUACUUCAGUCCCAGGAAUGACAGACAGACACAGACCCAGGGAGCUAGAACAUUCACAUGGCAAUCCCUAGCCUUUCAUUGCUGGGGUCCCCUUCAGAAAGAGGGGAGCAAAUUUAUUCCAAAGGACCAUCUCCAGACUUCUUUGAGUCACUAUCAUGGCACCCAACUCAUGAGCUCUGCUGGCCCCCAGAAGCCAGAAAGAAUGUACCCAGGAAGGACUGUGCAGCCAAGUAGUGAGUCGUCAGUGGCGAAUUACCUGUAAAAUGUAUACAGAUAGUUGGUGGGAGACAUAAUUGCUCUGAGUCUCUCUGUGAUCUCUUGGAGGUAUGGUUAUGGCAAAUACUGGUCCGCACACUUGGGCACUUCAUUUUAACAACAUUUCAGUGUUCACAUUUACGCAUAGACAAACUCCUAUUUAAUGAGAAGCCAUGUGACUCCUCAGAACUGAAAUCAAGUUUCACAACAGUUUCAUUGCCAACCCCUCCUCCAAACCAAAGAGCUCUGGCAAACUCUUGAAAAUAAAGGCACUCCAGGUUCCCUGGUCUCUGAAAUGGGCUAUAUGAGCUUGCUCUAGAUCUGAUGGGCCUUUACUGAAAACACAGAGAGUUUGCUUUUGUCCUUGGUGGUGCCCACUCCAUUACCCAGCUCCUCAGUCCUGGUAGCUAAAGCCUUUGGGAGACCCAGAGGGCCUGAAGGAGCCAGCCACAUUCCUUGAAGCCACAUGUCCAGUGAUGCCAACACAACCUAAUGAAAAAUCAGGCUACCACCCAGAUGUCUUGCUUAUGGGACAUUUGGAAACAGUUGGAUCUGGGACGUAAGGUCUACGAGUAAGCCAGACGUUGGAUUACAUUAUUCACGCUUCACCCUACUCUGCUAGGAUUCAUGAUGGCAAAGCCAAAAUCUGUUGGCCUCCUCCUGGAGUAGUCCCUUUCCUAGGUCAAGUUGGGUAGCAUCAAGAGAAAGGGCCUGGAAAGUCUUUAGACUGUGAAAACAAAGGGCUGCCAAAUUGCACAAAUUAUUUCAUAUAUUGACAUUCAGGUGCUUUGGAAACCAAAAGUUGGCUUCUUUUUAAUUUAAGAUUAUGUCUCCAAAACUGGUAGGUCCCAAACUAGCCUUCAGUGCAUGGGGGACCCAUUCUUCAGAAUGAGUCCAGGUGAAGAAAUCAAAGGCCAAGACCAGAAAUUAGAUGCCAAAGUGAGCAGAAACAAAGGCUUAAGAAGGGCCACUGGGCCGCCUUCCUGACAGGGGCAUGUAUUAUGGGCACAAUUUUAUCCUGUGGAUCAUUAACCUUUCAUUUAACUGGAACUGUAGGGGAAGCACUGAUAGAACCUUCCACAGAGUCACCCAUUCAGUCCCUCGUUGGCUGAGCGAACAUUUCCGGAGAACCUACUAUGCACCAGACUCCAGCUAAGUGAUGAGGAUUCACCUGGGAGCAGGACAGAGUUCCUGCCCCUCACAGCGGAGCUCACGGUCAAGGAACACUGAUCCCUGAGACAGAGCUCAACAUAUGAAGAACCACCAUUCAUUCGGUGGAUUUUCUACCUCAUCAGAGGUAGGCAAAUUAAAAUCCAAACGCAACCACAUGAAAACCAAAGUCCCCAUCUUUCUGGAAACAUUUAUGAUUAGAAAGGACAGACUGCAGGGCUAUCUUCUAAUGACGCUACACAGUUUUCCUUAUCCAUGACCUUUAACUAGUUAGUAAGGUGCCCACAAAAUCCCCCUGGAGACUGAGAGCAAAUUGCUAACUGCCAAGAAUCAACAAAUGUUAUAAACCCAAAUUUCAUAGCUGUCACCACCAAAGGAAAUCAGGAGCCCAAAUUGUCAGAAAAGGAAUAACCAGUUUGGGGACUAUACUAUGCAAUCCAAAUGAAAAUUUCAAGAGCCAUAUGUUUUACAAAUGAAGCCACAGUACACCGAACACUCUCAUUUUGCAUUGUUCAUAUCAAUAAAGUGCCGUUCAGAAUGCCCUGGAUUAUUAACGAAUGGGUUUUGGUUUUUGUUCAACCACUGAAAUACAGUGCUCUAUGGAGCAAAUCUCAACAGGCGAGCCAGGUAAAGCUUUGCGAUGAAACCCUUUCUGUGCUGCAUUUGUCUGUUGAGCUUAGUUGAAAUUAUGUUUGUUUUUUCUUGGCAAAUUUGCAUAUGAAAUAAA